AUGAACUACGGCUUUGAGGUUUAUGGAGAUCGCUGUCUUACCGAGGAUCCUUACGACCAUGGUCCUAAGGUCGUGGAUCUACUACAGAAUAUGGAAUUUCCGAAAUUGGAUGGCAAUCCCCUGAUUGAUAAUAUCAUCGACAAAUGUUGGCAUAACAAAUAUGUCACAGUCUCAGAAUUAGCCACACACACGAAAACACUUUUGAACGAAAGAACCGAUACGAUGGAAAGUAACGAAAACGGAAAGAAGGAAACGUUAUUACAGAGUGUCCACGGCGAAGCAACAAUCGCCGGGCGAGCCAGUGACGACAAUCGUGAUGUGGAUCAAAAUUGCAUGGAAGAGGACUUUUUUUCGAAAAAGGAAUUUUGUCAGGACCUGGAGAAACGUGCUCUUCUUCACGCGCUUUCUUCAGGCGAGCCUGAGCAAAUUGGAUUCUCUUUUGAUUGGUAUAGGCACAGUCUUUAA